AUGGAAACCAAAGAGCAUCUCCUGGAUUCUCGGCUCGACCGGAAAUUGUCGAAAAGAGGCGGAAAAGAUGAAGAAAAUGGGAGUGAUAGUGGAAGUGGAACAGAUGGAGGGAAGACAUUCUGGGCGAAUAUUGCCGUCGCUGCUCUUAUAAAUCUUCUCUCAACUAUUGAGAGUACUAUUCUUCUAUCGGCCAUAUGGCCAUAUUUAAGAUUGUUGGACAAAGACGUCUCGUCGACAUUUAUGGGCCUCACAACUUCCUCCGGAAAGGCAUUCCACGCGCUGUUUGCCAUUCUAUUCGGUGCCCUGGCCGUCAGGACGAAGAAGAUCAAGAUCUACCUAAUCCUGGGUCGAAUCGUCACGAUUAUUGGUUGUUUCCUGUUUGCCGAAGCGGAAAUGGUCUCGGAAAAUGGGAAAUACUGGAUGUUCGCGUCGAAUUUGAUGUUUUCCAUUGGGGAUAGUUCCCUAAUGUUAAUCCGUGGGUACGUCGCUACCGCAAGCCGUCCAGUGGAUCGAGGAUUGGCAUUUGCUGCCAUCGCAUUGGCUAAUGUUUUGUCCAUGAUUAUUGGAGGAUCCUCCCUGCUCGGCUUCUCGAUGAUCGGCCACCCAUCCCUUCCAGGGGGUGGCGGAGCAGAGAUUCUUGGAACCGAGCCCGGCUGGCGUAUCUGGCGCGAACUCCCAAUUUUCCUGAUUCUUCUCUGCUUCUUCGAGAAGAUUGUUGCCUCUACGUCUUUGACCACAGCCAUUUCGACAACACCAUUGAUGGGUACUGAAGUAUUUGCAUGGACCGAGGGGCAAGUCAUGCAGAGAAUGGCCGCCGCCAACGCGACAAUCGGGAUCCUUGCCCUGAUUACCGUAGCCUUGUUCAUGCUGUUGAAAGUGGCCACGUGGAUUCCGUCUCGAUACAUUUUCCUGGCCGCCAUCAUCAAUUUCUUCUUCUUCUUCUUCAUCGCCUAUCCACAUCGGCUGAUCUCGGCGCCCAUCAGGAUCAGGGAAUACAUGGACGACGUGGGCUGUAAUUCGGAUAGAUAUCCAUGGUGUAAGGAUACUCUAUCCCCAUCCCCGAUGCUCUAUUUCAUCAUGCUGAUCGGAACGUUUGGAAUAUUCUUCCCGCUCGCCAAUAUCUCCCUGGAUACCGUAUACUCCGGCAUUUUGGGGCAAAUCGAUCAGAGCUUCUUCCAAACGGCCAUCAUCGCUGUUGAUGAUAUUUUCCAGAUUCUCUGCCCGACGAUAAUUAUGCACUCGUUCAAGUUGGCGGGUCACCCGGUGGUGUUCACGCUGUGGGCGGGGCUAUGCGCGUUGGGUGUGGUGGCAUGGGUUCUGAAUGGAACGAGACUGAGAGCGGCUACCGUAACCCAGGGCGAGACAGUGGAGGCUGAUGGAGCGCCAGAGAAAAAUGGAAAUUAUCUCCCGGUCGAGAAUAAGCCCCUCGUUAGCCCU